GGUGGUGUUCGUGAUUGUGUGGUGAUGUUAGUGGUUGUGAUGGUGGUGUCACGGAGGAGUGGUAGUGUAGUGGUUUGUGCGAUGCGUUACGAACCCAGCCCCGGUGACGAUUAUCUUAACCGGUCCUGGGGGCCUCCCCUAGGUCGACUCAGCCUCAAAUAAGUCGCUGGUGCGGUGCGUAGUAAACAUCGUCACUGGGGAGACAAAGGUGGCCGGGCGGGGUGCUGGCCACCCACCCACUCGUCUGCCGUGCCGGCCUUCAUAGGUACUCGCUAACAGCACUUGCCUCUACAGUCUGUUCAGGCUACACGGGGGAUCUUUGUCUUUGUGUGUUUAAGAAACAGACGGUGCCCGUCUUGUCCCUGCAUCUUGCCGCCUUCGUGCGCCUCCUCCCCGUGGCCUCUGCGCCCUCUGAAGAAGGAGGUGUUCCCCGAAACGUCGGUCCAGCACGAUACAGAUCGGACACGGACACACACAGAGUGUUCGUACAGCACGGUUCAGCAGCAAUAGCAUCACCACCACCAAUCACCAGAUGGCUUCGCACGUUGAGUUGCCACUCAUCAAACAAGAGAACGAUGAGACUCCAAGCCCCAGGAUGUAUCCUCGUGUGACUAUGGAACGUGGUUAUGAAGCGGGCGUCAAGGAAGAAGAUGAUGGGAGUUUGGACACUAAGAUAAUGAAGAUUGCGGUGAAAACCGAAGUGAAGGAAGAUGCUCCAGAUGUGAAUAUUGUUAAAGUUGAAGGAGCCGUUGAGAGGACAAAGCAGACUGGGGAUUCCCACGGAUGUCCGGCCACUCCAGACCAGAAUUUCAUCGAAGUGGAGUUAUCAGAGGAGGACGUUGGUGAAGCAGGGGAAGGAAAAGAAACGGACCUUCUGUGCAAAGAAUGCGGGAAGGGCAGUUGCUUCAAAACAAAUACGACGGACAAAGCAGAACGCACCGGCAACAAGAACCGGCGAGCCUGCAAGCAUUGCAGGAAGGCACUUGAAGGCAUCGCGUUGUGCACGGCAGUGGCUACCGAUGGGAGGAAGCACGUGUGCAAGGAGUGUGACAAGGGGUUUACAACGCGUUUUAGUUUAGAGACGCACAUGAGAACACACACCGGUGAGAGGCCGCACGUGUGCAACGAGUGUGGGAAGAGGUUUACAACGCGUUUUACCUUAAGCACGCACGCUAUUUCACACACGGGCGAGUGGCCGCACGUGUGCAAGGAAUGUCAAAAGGGCUUUGCACAACGUUCCGAUUUAGAGAAACACGCACGAAUACACACCGGCGAGAAGCCGCACGUGUGCUACGAGUGUGGGAAGGGCUUUUCCCAAAGUUCUACAAUGGAGGCGCACAUCAGAACACACACCGGCGAGAAACCGCACGUGUGCAAGGAGUGUGGGAAGAGGUUUACAAAGCGCUCUAUCUUAGCCAGACACGCGAUAUCACACACGGGAGAGUGGCCGCAUGUUUGCAACGAGUGUCAAAAGGGCUUUGCACAACGUUCCGAUUUAGAGAAACACGCACGAACACACACGGGCGAGAAGCCGCACGUUUGCAACGUGUGCGGGAAGGGCUUUUCACAACGUUCAGAUUUAGACAAACACGCACGAACACACAACAGCGAGAAGCCGCACGUUCGCAUGGAGUGCGUGAAGGACUUUUCAAAACGAUCUACAUUAGAAGUGCUUGUUAGGACACACACCGGCGAGAAGGUGCAUGUGUGUAAGGAGUGUGGGAAGGGGUUUACAAAGCGCUCUGCCUUAACCAAACACUGUAUGUCACACGCGGGCGAGUGGCCACACGUGUGCAACGAGUGUGGGAAGGCGUUUCCAAAACGUUCCGAUUUUGAGAAGCACGCGAGAACACACACUGGAGAAAAGCCGUACGUGUGCAACGAGUGCGGGAAAGAGUUUGCAACGUUUUAUACUUUAACCACACACUCCAUAUCACACACGGGCAAGUGGCCGCACAAGUGCGCAGAGUGCGGAAAGGGAUUUGCACAGCGUUCCGAUUUAGAGACGCACACAAGAACACACACCGGCGAGAAGCCGCACGUGUGCAGGGAGUGCGGGAAAGGCUUUUCAAAGCGAUCGACAUUAGAGGCACACGCUAGAACACACACCGGUGAGAAGCCGCACGUUUGCAACGAGUGCGGGAAGGGGUUUAUAAAGCGUUCCAACUUAGCCACACAUUGUAUAUCACACACGGGCGAGUGGCCGCACGUAUGCAAGGAGUGUAAUAAGGGCUUUGCACAGCGUUCCGAUUUUGAGAAGCACGCGAGAACACAUACGGGCGAGAAGCCGUAUGUGUGCAACGAGUGCGGGAAGGGCUUUGCAACGUGCUAUACUUUAACCAUGCACGCCAUAUCGCACACGGGCGAGUGGCCGCACAUGUGCGUCGAAUGUGGGAAGGGCUUUGCGCAGCGUUCCGAUUUGGAGAAACACACACGAACACACACUGGCGAAAAGCCGCACGUGUGCAAGGAGUGUGGGAAGGGAUAUUCACAACGUUCCGAUUUGGAGAAACACGCAAGGACACACACCGUUGAGAAGCCGCAUGUUUGCAAUGAGUGUGGAAAGGGGUUUGCAACGUUGUAUACUUUAACCACACACUCCAUGUCACACACUGGCGACUGGCCGCACGUGUGCACGGAGUGCGGGAAGGGAUUUGCGCAGCGUUCUGAUUUGGAGAAACACACAAGAACGCACACCGGCGAAAAGCCGCACUCGUGCCAGCAAUGCGGGAAGAGCUUUGCGCAGCGUUCAAAUUUGGAGGCACACGCGAGAACGCACACGGGUGAGAAGCCCCAUGUGUGCAAAGAGUGCGGGAAGGGGUUUUCCCAUCGUUAUAAUUUAGAGAAACACUCUAGAACACACAAUGUGGAGUGAUAAUCUGAAUCAGAAUUUGCUUCAUCUUGAAGGCAACGGUGAAUAUUUUUAAUAGUUUUUUUUUGCAACUUGACAAGAGCUGCUGUACAAAGCACAUACCGCAACAAGGAUGGGGGGGGGGUGUACAGGAGGAACUCCGCGGACUAAAUCGUUUGGUUUCAGGUCCCCCCCCCGCACCUGCAGGGUUUCAAUUGAGGAGCUUAAGUGUUUUUUUUUAUAGUCCAAUUAUGUCCGAGUAAAUGUACUGGCGGGUUUUUCUUUUUUUAAAACCACGGGUGUUGGAGAGUAUAUAUUCGCCUAGACCAGGGGUCGGCAACCAAAAUAACAAGAAGAGCCAUUUCUUUCCAAUUCGGUACAAAAUUCAGUAUUUCAAGAGCCGCAAUGUAUCUGAGUACAUACGUACUCAUCGUCAAGAAGCAGCCCGUAAAGAGCCGCAUGCGGCUCCGGAGCCGUAGGUUGCCGACCCCUGGCCUAGACUAACUACAGGUGCAGGCUUGGGUUUGGCAAAGAGGGCCUUAGGCUUCGAUGGUACGAUGAACCAUCCAAAGAAGGGGGAACAGCUCGACUAAAAAGGAGGGGGGGAAAACACAAGCUCCCUCUGGGGUCUUGGGACUAAAAAGGAAAUAAAUUAAUAUUUAAAAAGAAAAAAGAGGUCGUUUACUGGGUUCUAAUCUGAAGUAGGGGUUGGAGAGGCCCGUUCAGCUUUACUAACUCUGCCUUGUGUAAUGCGAUUGUCGUAAAUGGACAUUAAAGAUACGAGCCACACUAGUGCGACUGUGGCUAUCCAACCCAAACUGUGGAUUCUAUUGUCAAUGCCAGUCUACACUCCUUCACUGGAGAAGGAAUGGUGAAGCCACACGAACACUCCCCUGAAGCCAUCUCAUGGCCGGCAGAUCUCGACAUUGGCGUUUAGCUCCUGAACAUUUAUGUUUGCUAUUUUUUUUAUUUUACCAGGCAUAACCAACUCGCCCUUUCCCUCUCCUCCCGUGAUCGUUACGAGGGGACAGUCUGGUUAAUAAGUAAAAAAAACAGCAACGAUAAUAGUCGAUAAUUGUUUUUUUACCCUUCUAUCUGGCAACAAAAUUGACACCUUUUUACAAGGAGUCAUGUUUGCAUAGACCGCAAUACCUGCAGUCAUAAUACAAACAAAAGAACAUAACUCUGAUAAUGUGCACUGUCCUUGAAGUUGUUUGUUGCCAGAUAGAAGGGUAAAAAACCAAUUAUCAUAUUUUUACUGGCAAAUGAGGUUCCCAUAGUGAUAAUAGUCGAGUUUGGAGGCAAUGAGUGGAUACUCUUCGUUGUGUUCUGCCCUUCUAAGAAUCGGAUGACUCCACCGCCAAGGGAUGCCAGAGGGUUGUGUGACUGCAACUCUUUAUUUCAAAGUGUUCUUCUGAGGAGCAUUCGUGCAUCUGUAAUUAUGACCAGAUGCACAGCAAUCAACCCCAAUUAACACCAUCUCAGUGUUCAACCCCUGUAUUGUACAAUGUCCACCCUAAUCUGAAUAAUGGUUACACCUGCUUAUCAUAUACAAUACACAUUCAACUUCUUAAAUAUUUAACAUUUAGCCAAACUAUCUUCUAGAAACAUCUAGAUUAUUUUCUAAAUACUGUAUUCUAGUCAGCCGCUGUGAUAAUACUGCACAAAUUAAAUACUAAUAUAAUAAGCCUAGAAUGUGUCCCAUGCGUGACGUCACUCCACAUGAGGCCCCCCCCUUCAUUAAUAAACGUAGUUUUUAUUUUUUUAUUUUUUUAACCUAUCUACGUGACUUUACCUAAAGACCCAAAGAAUAUGAAUUCCUGCAGUCACGAAAGCUUUCAGACAAUAUUUGCCUGUGCAAUAUCCACCCGAAUCUGAAUAGGUGCCCUGUACCCUGAAUUUAUUACUCUACUGGUCGGCGUGGCCUCGUGUGCAUUCACGUGACUCUAUGGGUCCAAUCAAUGGUCAUUAUUCCUUUCAUUCACAAUUAUACCUGUGGUUCAUUUACAUUAAGCCAAUACCGGCUACACAGGCAAGGCCCCACAGAGCUACUAUAGGGCCGUCCAUAAAUGACGUCACGCGAUUUUGGAUGAU